UCUUUUAUUGGGAUGACAGUGGCUGCUGAUCUGGUAGUGGAGUUGGCCCCAUUAAGGUACAAAUAUUUAGAGAUCAUUAGGAAUCGUGAACUGACUAGGAAUCAUGGUGAUUAUUCUGCUACAAUUAAUUUAGAUUCACAUGCUAAGGACCUUAUACAUUGGUGGGUCCACAACAUCGAUUGCCAAACGAAGUCUCUUCGUCCUUCCUUCCCACAGUUGGAGCUGUACGCGGAUGCUUCCUUGACUGGUUGGGGUGCUAGUAUGGGUACUGUCAAGACGGGUGGUCAUUGGGUUCAGGAGGAACUGGACCACAUUAAUGUUUUAGAAAUAAAAGCCAUAUUAAUGGGCCUGUCGUCUCUCUGUAAGAAUCACCGGGACACUCAUGUCCGGCUUAGGUCUGACAACAUCGCCACAGUUAUUGGGUUAGGUCGGGUUGGUAGUACUAAGCCCAGCCUUAAUGCAGUCAUAGAGGAAAUUUUUGCUUGGGCAGAGUCUAGAGGAAUCACUUUAUCUGCUGAACAUGUGAAAGGAUUAUAUAAUGCGGAGGCUGAUUUUAAAUCACGUGUUCGGAACUUAGAUGCAGAAUGGAUGCUCCACCCUGAGAUUUUCAAAUUCGUUUGUGGUAAAUUCUUUACACCUGACAUUGACCUUUUUGCCACUCGCAUUAAUGCCCAGUUACCAGUGUAUGUUUCUUGGCGGCCAGACCCGACUUCAACUUAUGUUAAUGCUUUUACCAUUUCUUGGUCCAUUGGAAACCUUUAUGCUUUUCCCUCUUUCAGCGUCAUUUGCAGGGUCCUAGAGAAGAUCCAGGUGGAGGGGGCGACAGUUCUUGCCAUACUGCCUCUAUGGCCAACCCAAGUUUGGUUUCCGAGGGCCCUGCAACUGUUUGCAGCCCCUCCUCUCUUGCUGCCUCCCAACCCCAUUUUUCUACCAGAGGACCCUUCUCUUUCUCAUCCCCAAGGUCGAAGGAUCAUUGGCAGGGUACUGCAGAAGAUACAGGAAGACAGGGCAACAGUUAUGACAAUUCUCCCUCUUUGGCCAACUCAAGUAUGGUUCCUGAAGGCCCUUCAACAGCUGGUAGGCACUCCUCUUUUGCUCCCUCGACAUUCAUUGAUCCUGCCACAAUAUCCCUCCCUGAUACAUCCACAGGCCCAGAAGUUAAUCCUGGUAGCAAUGAUCUUAUCAGGAAAUCCUUCCAAAAUCAAGGCCUUUUGCCAGAGGUUGCCGGAUUUCUGCUUAACUCAUGGAGAAAGAGCACAAAAGCACAAUAUGGGAAACAUGUUGACAGAUGGGUGUCAAUUUGUUGCAGGAAGGAAAUUAAUUCAUUUUCACCACCUGUAAAUGUUUUGCUGGAUUACUUAUUUUUAGAGUUUAAGAAAGAGAAAGGCCGAGGUUAUAGCUCUAUGAACACUCUCCAGUCAGCCAUCUCAACAGUAGCUCUUAUCAAUGGUCAGCCUGCAGGGAGGCACCUCUUAGUUAGCAGGUUCAUGAAAGCGGUCUUCCAGGAGAAACCAUCCUUUGCUCACCUUCAUUCCAUUUGGGAUUCAGAAUUGGUUUUAGAUCAACUAAAGAGCCUGGGCCAGAAUAAAGACUUGUUACUCAUUCAGUUGUCAAGAAAAUUAACUAUACUAAUGCUACUAACAUCAGGCCAAUGGGGUCAAGCACUACACUUAAUGGACAUCAGGAACAUGAGUAUCUCAGACUCUAGAAUUUCUUUCUGAGUAGGAGACUCUCUCAAAACAUCUAGGCCAGGUAACAAUGUGUCUGAACUAGUUUUUGAAGCAUAUGUACCAGACAGAUGAGUAUGUGUCCACACCACUAGUUUACACUACCUUGACAGAACGAAAGAUUUUUUCUAACAAUGAAACCACCCGUAAAAUUGGCAUCAAGAGACACUUUACGUUGUUGGACUAAAGAUAUAAUGAAAGCUGCUGGCAUUGAUCUCUCUAUCUUUUCUCCUCAUUCCACCAGAUCAGCUUCAUCCAGUAAAGCUCCCACUGUUCACCAUUUUGUCCACUGUGGAUUGGAUCAAUGAAUUGACUUUUGCAAAAUAUUACAGGAGACCUCUAAACAAACAUUGUCAGUUUGCUAAAGCAGUGAUGUCUUAAGUUCUUGGUUUUGUCGGGUUUAUCUACUUUGUUGUGUGUAUAAGAUUAUGCACUGUUCUGAGCAAAUGUAUUUCAGUUUUUCUGUUCUUGAGUUACUUGAUUAAAGCAAAUCUUUGGGAAUGCUAUGUUUGUUUUAUGCAUGCAUACAUGUUUCAGGUUGUAUACCUCUCCAUAAAUAUGUAUGGCUUCGAGAUAUAUAUAUAUAUACAAAACACUUCUUUUGUAAGUUUGAUGAAUCACUCUAAAGCUCCCGUUGUGAUGCAGUUAAACUAUCGUGAAGUGAAAUUGUAAGACUAAACGAAUACUUACCAAGUGUGAAGUUUGAUCGUAAUUUCACGAACAGUUUAACUGCGUCACUUUGGAUUAAAUGUCCCCCUUCCCUUUCCGCUGCUCUCACAGUGUUGAGUGUGGAAAUCACCACAUGAUUUAUGUAGAUAUUUACUAUAUAUUACUAUUUACCACUGCUUCCUCAAACCUACUCUCUGAAAUGACUGGUGCGUGGCAGGUGACGUGGGCAUCUCAUUUAAUCCCAAGUCAGGUGAUGCGGGCAUCUCAUUUAAUCCUAAGUGACGCAGUUACACUGUUCGUGAAAUUACGAUCAAACUUCACACUUGGUAAGUAUUCAUUUAAUUUAACAAUUUGUUAUAGUACACAAAAGUGAUCUUUGCAAGAGCAACACCUCUAGAAGCACCAUCUCCCAGUGUUGUCUCUCUAUGUAAUGAGUUUGAAGUGUUAGACAAAUUGCCUUCCCAAUGAUGCCAUUAUAGUGCUCCAUCUGGCCAUUUCCAAUAGGAUCGUAAGGAGUUGUCCAGCUAGUUACUAUACCCCUCUGAAAUAAAUAACUCUUCAAUUUUUGAUACAUGAAAGAUAAACCUUGGUCAGAGUGAAUAAAGCUGGGCAUUCCACAGAGGGUGAAUAUAGUUUCUAAUCAUUUGAUUACUGUUUUUCUAUGCAUAUUUGGGCAAGGAAAGGCAAAAGAGAAACAGGAUUACUCAUCCACAAUGCUUAGCAUGUAUGUGUUACAAUAGGGGCCGCCGUGGUACAGUGGAACCAUGCGUGCUUUGGGGUAUGUACUGUACCUCCAAGCGCACGGGUUCAAAUCCUGUCCAAGGUCCGAGUGUAGGUUAGGUUUCCUCACUCGGGGCAAU